AUGCAGAUCCCCUCUCUCAUUGCAGUCCUUCUCUUCGUGACGGCCGCCUGCGCCUCCCCCCGCCCUCAAGAAGUCGGGUCUUCAGGUUCGCCUCGCUCUUAUAGCCAUGGACCGACCUAUGCAGGCAACGGCACUGCGGCAGCCAGCAGCACUGCUGCCAGCACGGCCAUUUCAACGUCGAGCAGCACCUCGUCCGGAGCCCUCACAUCUCCAACUGCACCUCUCGGCGUCGUUGCCGCUCGAAGCGGCUCGCCCAUCCACUUCUUGCAGAUGAAUGCUGCUGGGUUACGCUUCUAUCUGGGGGGAAAGACUCUCUCAUACUGUCCGGACAUUGUGGACGACAUCGGCACCUGUCCGCCUGGUAAUGAGACGGCGUUUUCGCUCUGCAGCAUGGCUGUUCUUGUCCCUGGAGGUCAGCAGUUGUAUGUCACUCCACGAGGCGAGAUUGGUUACACCCAAGCACACUCGACUCUUAUGCCAAAUGGUUCGCUGCCGUGUCCGUUCACCUACUACAAAGCACCUGGCGCACCGCUCGGACUUCUCAGCACUGAGGCCUUUGGGGCUGAUGGGCUGAUGGCAUGCCCCACGGAUGGAGAUGCCUGGCAAGUCUUCGCAAACUUGAAGAACGCCACUGUUCCCCAGGGCAAUAUAUCACAGUGCUUGGGGUUUGAUGGGUUGGCCGUCGACUAUGCCGACCUGUAUGCAGCGUGGGAAUACACUUGA